AGAUGGUAACUGCAAUGCUGAAGACACUGGGCGAGUCGCUCCUCCUCAGCUCUUCUGUGUGAGGACCAAAGAAGGCAAGAGACUGAAUUAUCUGAAUUAUGCUUCUACAACAGAACUGGGUUUCUCCUCAUUGGGCAUGGCAGAGCCUGGGGAAGUCCUUCCUUUUGUUUGUUUUCUUAAUGUUACAAACAGCUGAUCUGGAAGCCAGGAGAGGUCAUCAGUUUGUCUGGAAAACAGGUCACUGGGGCCGGUGCGUAGGUGACUGCGGCUCGGGGGGCGUUCGGAGUCGGGCCAUCUGGUGCACCCACGCGGAGGGCUGGACAACGUACCACGCAAACUGUGACCAGAAGGACAAACCCGAAAGCCAGAGGAGGUGCUUUAAAGUCUGUGACUGGCACCUGGAGCUGUUCGAGUGGGAGGUUUCGGGAUGGGACAGAUGCGGGCUCAUCCCCUUUGCUGGCGGUGAGGUGGGAGCCGGGGCUUGCGUCACCGCGCAGCACGGGCUGCAGCGCCGGAGCGUCCGCUGCCUCCAGAAGCUGAACAGAACCAUUGUCGCCAACGAAAUAUGUGAGUAUUUCAUGCCGCAGCCGCCCGCUGAGCAAGCCUGCCUGGUGCCCUGCCCACGGGACUGCGUCGUGUCCGAGUUCUCUGGCUGGUCCGAGUGCGGCACGGGCUGUGCCAAGAGCUUGCAGCACCGGACGCGGGCGGUCAUCGCUCCUCCUCUCUACGGGGGUGCCCCGUGCCCGAAUCUGACUGAAUCCAGAGCCUGCGGUGCUCCCGCCUGUCCUCUCGGGGAGGAGGAGCACACCUACAGCCUCCGAGUGGGGUCUUGGGGCGAAUGCCGGCUGCCCCACUCUAGAGACGUCGACCUGGCGGGGAGGACUAUGCCGGAUUUCGGUUUGGACUCUGGAGAGCGGAGCGCGUCCGGACUUCAAGGCUAUAAACCCCACCACCGUCCUGGGGAGGUGGAGAUCGGUUACCAAACCAGGCAGGUCAGGUGUAUAAGGAGCGAUGGAAAAAACGCAGCGCUGAGCCUCUGCCUGCAAGAUCCUGUCCCUUUGACCUUCAAGUCCUGUGUCAUCGCUAAAGACUGCGAAACGUCCGAGUGGUCCGCAUGGAGCGCCUGCUCGCGGACCUGCGGCUGGGGAGAUCUCGCCCCGGGCUUUCGGAGCCGGCGCCGCAGCGUGCAGAGCGUGGCGAUGGGCGCCGGGAAGCAAUGCCCGGAGCUGGAAGAGAAGGAAGUGUGCAGUAUGGGAGGGAAAGAGCUGCUGCAGCCUUGCCCCAGGUUUGCCUGGAGGACUUCUGAAUGGAAAGCUUGCCAAGUGUCUCUCCUCCUUGACCAGCAGGACCCUCGCCACCACAAGCAUGUAGGCCUUUGUGGAGGUGGCAUACAAACCCGGGAGGUCUACUGCGUCAAAAUCACCAUGGAACUUGGGAUGCACCGACUGAAGGAAGUUACUAGACCAGUUGAUGGGAAGCUGUGCCUGGGUCCUGCUCCCUCUGCCUCCCAGCUGUGUAACCUGCCGUGCCCGUCUGAGUGCGUGGUGUCUGCCUGGUCGGUGUGGGGCCCCUGCCUUCACGAGAACUGCCAGGACCACCACGGAGGAAGAGGCUUUAGAAUGAGACAAAGGCAAGUGAUCGUGGAUCCGGUAGGCACUCUGGCAGGUUGUCCACAUUUAAUUGAAUCUAUUCCUUGUGAAGACCCGGUGUGUUACGAGUGGAUCAUUUCAGAAGGAAUAUGCGUGACUGACCAUGGAAAAUGUGGACCUGGAAACCGCAUCCUGAAAGCGGUAUGCAAGAACAAAAAAGGUGAAGAAGUACCACAUCACCUCUGCUCAGAGCUUCCCCGUCCUGAACUUGUGGCUUGUGAAAUCCCUUGUGCAACAGACUGUGUCAUCAGCGAGUGGUCCCUGUGGUCCCCGUGUUCCCACUCAUGCUCCAGUAAAAAUGCUGAGGGCAGUCAAAGCAGGAGUAGGUCCAUCUUGGCCCUUCCAGCCGAGGGUGGAAAAGCCUGUCCCCCUGACCGAGCCCUGCAGGAGCACCGUGCCUGUAAUGAUCACCCAUGCGUGCAUUUCUUCUGGGAAACUUCUCCCUGGAGUUCCUGCUCUGAAGACCCACUGGUAACUGCGCUCAAUGCAACCAUUAAUUGGAGUGGAGAAGCCACUUGUGGAAUGGGCAUACAGACAAGGAAAGUCUUCUGCAUGAAGAGCAGUUCUGGCCAGGUCACACCUAAAAGAUGUCCAGAGUCUGUCAGACCUGAGACCGUGCGGCCAUGUCUCCUUCUCUGCAAGAAAGACUGCAUUGUUACGCCUUUCAGUGAGUGGACUCGCUGCCCAACAGCAUGUCAGCCUGGCAAUGCCACUGCAGUUAAGCAGUCCCGGUACAGGAUUAUCGUUCAGGACGCUGCCGAUGGGGGACAGGCAUGCCCAGACACCUUGUAUGAGGAAAGAGAAUGUGAAGAUAUUCCCGUCUGUCCAGUGUACAGGUGGAAGACCCACCGCUGGAGUCACUGUGUGCUGGUGCCGGAUUCGGUGAGACAGGGUGUGCUGGGACAUAAUGAGGCGUGUGGACACGGUUUGCAGUCAAGGGCUGUUACAUGCCUGUCAGAGCAGGACAACUCUGCCGAUGUCGGUGACUGCAUGCGGUGGGCAGGAGCUAUGCCGUCUCUUGUACAGGAGUGUCUCGUUCCCUGCAAAGAUGACUGCACGUUUACCCCCUGGUCUAAAUUUACAGCAUGCUCGUUUGACUGUGAAUCAACUAGAAGUAGGAGACGGUCACUCACAGGGCGAAGCAGAAAGCGAGACAAAUGCCAGAAUACAGAAGUUUAUCCUCAAGUUGAAACAGAGCUGUGCCCCUGCGAGGUAUUUACCUCCCAGCCCCAUGGAAAUUGGUCCGACUGCAUUGUCGGAGGAGGUACAUCCGAGCCGCAGUUGGGAACACGAUCCCACGGAGACGCCAAGGAGUGUGGCAAGGGUGUACGACUGCGAGCUAUUGCCUGUUAUGAUAAGACCGGCAGACUCGUGGAACCAUCUCGCUGUAGCAGUUCGGGUUACAUUGAAGAAUCUUGCACGGUCCCUUGCCCAUUUGAUUGCAAAUUAAGCGAUUGGUCCAGUUGGUCCCCUUGCAGCUCUUCUUGUGGACCAGGGGUGAAAGUCCGAUCCAAGUGGCUUAAGGAGAAGCCUUACAAUGGAGGUCGUCCCUGCCCAAAGCUGGAUCUCAAGAAUCAGGCUCAGGUGUAUGAGGCAGUCCCAUGCGACAGCGAGUGCAAUCAGUAUUCUUGGGCAGUAGAACCGUGGUCUCCGUGCAAAAUCAACAGCGAACAAAAUUCCCUCCACUGUGGAGAAGGAAUACAAACGCGGAAAGUCAGGUGUGUGAGUACUGCUGAGGACCACGGAGGGGAGACUGUGCCCAACGCACUGUGUAAUCAGGCUGAAAUCCCAGAUACAGUGCAGAAGUGUAGCUUGUACUGUCCCAGUGAGUGUGCAGUGUCUGACUGGGGACAGUGGAGCAAGUGUCCGCAGGUGUGUGAUCCGAAUAUUAUGCAAACCCGAACUCGACAAGUGCUAAGGUCUUCUGUCAAUACAAAGCCCUGCCCUGAAGAUUCACAGAUGAAGCCGUGUAUUCUUAACCAAAAUUGCUUCCAAUAUCAGUACAAUCUAACAGGCUGGAGCGGGUGCCAGCUGGGUGCCAAUGCCACCUGCGGGCACGGAGAGCGGCGGCGCCUCCUGAGCUGCCGGCGCAGCGACGGGGCCACCGUCAGCACGCAGCUCUGCCAGCGGCUUCGUCUGGAGAAGCCCGUGCAGAUGAGCAGUCGGUGCGUGGUGGGGUGCGCGGUGGACUGCCAGCUCUCGGCGUGGUCAGCCUGGUCGCAGUGCUCCCACACGUGUGGCGCCGGCGGCCAGAUGGUGCGUGGGCGCUCGGUGGUCCUGCAGGCAGCGGGCGAGGGCAGACCCUGCCCGGAGCAGCUCACCCAGCACAGGAGCUGCCCAGUGAAGCCCUGCUACAGCUGGCUGCUGGGCCCGUGGUCUCCCUGCAGAGUCCAGGGUGGACAGUGUGGAGAUGGAUUGCAAGUCCGCAACCUCACUUGCGUAGUGCAUGAUGCGUCUGUUUCUGCUACAUCCAAACCAGUAGAAAAUGCGUUAUGUGGUGAGCUGCCAUCAAAAGAGAGUGUGCUGCAGCUACCGUGCUCUGUGCCUUGCCCAGGUGACUGCCACCUGACAGAGUGGUCAGAGUGGAGCUCCUGCGAGCUCACCUGCAUCAAUGGCAGGAGCUUCGAGACAACGGGGCGCCAGUCUCGAUCCAGGGCAUUUAUCGUUCAGUCUCCUGAGAACCAGGAGAGCUGCUCUGGACAAGCGAUGGAAACACGGCCUUGCUCAGGAGGGAAGUGUUAUGACUACCUGUGGAAGACCAGCCCUUGGCGAGACAACGUACGCACAGUGUGGUGUCAGCGCUCAGACGGAAUAAAUGUCACAGGAAUCUCAAAUCGCUCAAACCGUGAGAUUGCUGCUGUUGCUGUGACCUACAAAUUCUGCCUGCACAGGCUGAAAAGGGAAAUUCAUGGUCAGCACUUUGAAGCUCCACGAGAGAUUGGCAAAGGAGGGUGUGCUCUUCGGACGAAACCUGCAGAAGUUCGGCACUGCAGCCCGCCGUGCAGAAAACCAUACUCCUACUGCACACAGAGAGGAGUCUGCGGUUGUGAGCGAGGAUAUACAGAAAUAAUGAGAUCAAAUGGUUUCCUGGAUUACUGCAUGAAGGUACCAGGUUUAGAAGAUAAGAAAGCUGAUGUUAAGACCAUUGCUGGAAAAAAUAAACCUGUCAACUCAAAAAUGCAUGACAUUUUCAAAGGAUGGUCUAUUCAACCUUUUAAUCCAGAUGGUAAACUGAAGAUGUGGGUAUACGGAGUAUCAGCUGGCGGGUUCCUCAUCAUAGUUUUCCUGAUUUUUACAUCCUACCUGAUGUGCAAAAACACAAUGCAGCAUCAAAGCACUCCUCCGCAGCAGAAGCCUCUAACCUUAGCUUAUGACGGAGACAUUGAUAUGUAA